AUGCGUAUUUUAACAUUAAUAAUAGCAAUUGUUGCACUAUUACUUAGAGAUGUGGCUUCCGAAGAAGAAGUUAUCAAAAGGGGUACCUUUCCUUUCAUGGCUUUUGUUUACUAUCCGGAUCAAACUGUAGAAGACGGCUUAAGAGGACAAUUUACACGAAGUGCCGUCUUGAUACAAAAUGAUUGGCUGAUCACUGCUUCUCUCGAAACUGACAACAUUCUGAGCUUAUUUCCAAAAAAAACUCUUGUAGCUAGAGUCGGAGCUAUUAGCAUUGAUGCCAAUUUUAAUUUAAACGAAGACGAAAAUGAGCAAGAACGGGAGAUAAUUCGUGUUGUUCGUCCUUAUGUUUUCAAUAGAACGGAAUGGUGGUACAACGACAUAUCGCUAUUGAAGACACUCUUACCUUUUAACAUCACUGCGACAGUGAAGCCAUAUGCAAUAAGGUCAAGUAAAAUGAUUGGUGAAAACUGUUUCAUGCUUGUUUAUGCUAGACAUAUCCAAAAAAUAAUAGAAGAAAGAAUUUUAAUGACAAUAUUUGUUAGAUUGAUACCAUCUUCGCAAGAUAAAUGUGGUAGCAACUUCAGUAAUGACACAAUGGUUUGCGCGACUAUUGAUGAAAAAAGUAACAUUUCCGCGAGUUCAGACUUUUGUGAGGGUAAUAGCGGUGGUCCUCUGAUAUGUGAUAACGAUUUAGUUGGUACGCAAACAUACAUCAAUGGUUGUAAUCAACCAUACCUCUAUCAGCUUUUGAGUUCCUGGGACGAUAUGAUAUCAUGUGCAAUAGAGGAAAAAUGUGAAGAGGAACAGUGUGCUACAAUAUGUUUUUCUAUAAAUAAAGACCCAGUAACGAAAAUAUCACCAUCACCGUUGUCUGUUACGGAAGAAAUAAAAAUUAAGCUUGUCGAUGGGUAUAUUAAUGAAACAAGUAUUAGUACAAUAACAUCGCCCACUCUGACAACUGUGGCGGAAACCAGUGAAAUUAUAACACAAGGAACAACUUCAACUACUGUGAGAGUUACACAAGGUACAACUACUACAACCGUUACUAGCUUAAGUAAGGUUGAAGAUACUACAACUGAAACAAACGAACAUACAGAAAGGGAGAUGGCAGAUUUACAAGAAGAACGUGAAAGAAAGGCCAAUGUCGAAACUAAACAACAAGUGCUACGGAGUGAUGCAACCAUAAAUACAUUUUGUUCAUUCAAAUAUUUCAUGUAUGGUUACCUCAUUGUACUAGGUAUGGUUUAGUUUAAUUUAUGUUCUUAAUUCAUUAAACUUCAUUAGAUUGUU